AUUGAAGCGGGACCCUUAUGGAACACGAAAUAAUAAUAAACAAGGCUCCUUGUUCGUUCCUCGAUUCCUAGCCACUUCCAUGUGCUAAGUUUCUUCGUCUUCUGGGUGGCACCGUGGCAGUGGCACUCCCUUUGUCUCUCUCUAAAUUCCAUGUGCGACAUUGGAAGAAAAAUGGUGAACAUCCAGAAACUGAGGCCCGGACCCUUGUAUUGAUGAACUAAGAUUGUGUGCCUUUGAAGAGCUCUCUCUCCCCCUCUCUCACGAACGCACAACAUAAUGGACUCCGCGACUCUUCUUGACCAUGUUCUUUUCCAACUCACCCCAACCAGAACCAGAUGCGAUUUGGUGAUUUUCGCCGGCGGUCAGAGCGAGAAGUUGGCGUCGGGUCUUCUGGAACCCUUCGUUUUGCACCUGAAAUGCGCCAAAGAUCAGAUCUCGAGAGGUGGGUAUUCAAUCACUUUGCGUCCUUCGGGCUCAUAUGCGUACUGGUUCACCAAAGCCACUCUGCAAAGGUUUGUGAGAUUUGUAAGCACACCAGAGGUUCUCGAGAGAUUUGUGACUGUAGAGAGAGAGAUUGUGCAGAUUGAGAAUUCGAUACAAUCAAGCGAAUCGAUAGAGGCAGAUGGAAAUGGAUCAGUUGCUGAUGGGAAUUCCAAAAGGGCGAUUUCCUUUUCCGGUUCCAAAGGUGAAUCCAAUGGAAAAGGCGACGGUGUGACAGAAGAAAAUUCCAAGAUUCGUCUUCAGCGUGCUCUGGAAACUCGGAAGGCAAUGCUCCGUAAAGAGCAAGCAAUGGCUUAUGCCCGUGCUUUAGUUGCUGGAUUUGAUCUGAAUUAUAUCGACCAUCUCAUUUCUUUUGCUGAGGCUUUUGGAGCUUCCCGUUUAAGGGAAGCAUGCAUCAAUUUCAUUGAUCUAUGCAAGAAAAAGAACGAAGAUAGGCUUUGGGUAGAUGAAAUUGCCGCAAUGCAGGCUAGCUCUCAUUCAGAAUUGCCAUAUUUGGGAACAUCUGGGAUCAUACUUGCCGGUGAAGAUCCUGAUGAUAAUCAGAAUCUUAUGAUUAAUGUUCACCCAAAUAGUCUCUCUGGUGGGAAACAGAAUGGCUCUGCAGAUGCAUCAGUGUCUGAUUCAACUGCAAGUCAUGGAAGUUUGGACGUUAGCCAAGAUACUAGCUUGCCGGCAUCAGCGCAAAUGCCAUCAACAAAUGGGAGAGCUCAAGUACCAAUCUCAUGGCUGAACCAUCUUCCUCAGUACAUGCACAAUUUUCAAGGUCCUGUAUUUCAACAAAUGCCCCCAUAUCCAAACUAUGUUUUUCCCGGUAUGCAGCCUCCUCCUUCAUAUUAUCCUGGGAAUAUGCAGUGGACUUCAAAUGUGGAAGAUUCUGGUCUUGGUCUUGAUCAGGAGAUAAAUAAUCAUCGGAGUCAUAAAUCAGCUUAUAGAAAUAAAAAGAAACUUUCGCACGGUAAAGUACUGGAAACUUCAGAACAAGAUGCAUUCACUGAACCCAGUGACUCCUGUUCUGAGAGUGAAUCAGAUGGUGAUUUGGAUCAUGGAAGAAAAACCUCUUCAAAAGAGCAGCCACGCAAAAAGCACGGUAAGAAGUCCUCAAGAAAAGUUGUCAUUCGAAAUAUCAAUUACAUAACCUCUAUGAGGGAUGAAAAGAAGGGCACCAUCUCUGAGGGGAAUUCAUCUGAUGAGGAUGCAUUCAUCAAUGGGGAUUCACUCAAACAACAAGUGGAGGAAGCAGUUGAAACAUUGGAGCGAACACAUAAGUCAGCCUCACGCCAUCAUAAGAAACAAGUGGGGGUCAAGCUUCCUGGCAUUGUAGAUGGCUCAAAUGAUCCCACUGAUCAGAAAAUUAAGAAUGGAGUUACAAAUACUUCCAAGGGAAAAAAGAGAAAUGACAACUGGGAUGCUUUCCAAAAUCUUCUUAUGAGAGAUGAGACAAUUACAGAGCCAAACUCUGUAGAGGUUCAGGAGGACUAUUUUAUGACUAAGUACUCUGAAGAGGGAAGAGCCUUUAACCUGGAACAAGAGAAAGCUACAAAGCAAGAAAUGGUACCAAGUGAUUCCUUUGUUGUAACAGAGAGAAAUAUGGGUAUGGAGGAGAAAACUCACCUUGGGAACUUUGAAGUUGAUGAAAAUGUUCAUCCAGCUAUUAGGAAAGCAGAUAGCACAACUGAAGAAUUGUUGUUUUUACCGAGAAUUAAAGUGUCAGGGAAUCAUUCCCAUGCUAUUCAAUCUGAUUGUGGUACUGAAUCUUCCAUAAUCAAAUGUCAAAAAGAAGGAGACUGGUUCAUAACCAGCCAACCAGAUAAAUCAUCAAAUCGGGAUGAAAGCAAAGAUCUCAACAUGUUUGAUGGCGUUUACAAUUCGCUGGUAGCUGCCGACCAUUUUGAUGCUGAAAAAAACAAUAAAGAUGUUUUAGCUGAUGACUCAUUCAUGGUUCAAGCUCGAUCAUUAGAUAAUGAAUUUCAUUUGCAGUUAAGGACUGACAUGAGCAUUGUUGCGGACAUCGUCGGAGCUACUCAAUGUGAAAAUGGGACACCUGAAAUUUCACACAAUAGGCCUGAAGCCAUUGCCACUCAUGAGCCAGAUGACCUUUACAUGGUGCUUGAUCGCGAUUCAACUGUUGAGCAUGCUCUGGCAUCUUGGACACCAGAAAUGGAUUAUGAAAAUAACAUUUUAUCAACUGCAGCCGAUAAAAGGCAUUCUGAUAGUGAAGCAGCUAGCUGUGUUGAUGAUAAGCUGCCUUCUAAUGGUAAGGGUACAAAAGGUAAACCUGAUGCGUCUCCUGAGAGCAAAGGAAAAUCUAAACUUUCAAAUGGAUCCCUUGGGAAAAGAAAUCCUAACAUUAUAUCGGGGAGCAAGAAACCAUCUUCUGGAAGCCAAUCAUCAAUUCCAAAGAGCAAAUUUGAAAAGGAAGAAGAAAAAAGAAAGAGAAUGGAGGAGUUGCUGCUUCAACGCCAGAAGAGAAUAGCUGAAAGAAGUGCUUCUAGAGGAUCUAGAGCUGCAAUAACUAAAAGUACAGCUAUUGUAAAUAAGACUGCCAUGGCUUCCACGAAGAUUGAGAAGCCUAAAAUCCAGACCUCAAUCCAAGAGGCCAAGAAACUACAAAAGCCAGUUCUUAGGAAUUCCACUAUAGAUCGCCUUGCAACUGCACGGAUACAGGUCUCAUCGACUCAAUCAAAAUCAGAGCCACCCAAAAAAUCAACCUUGAAGCCAACUGGUGCAGGUGCCAACACCUUCCCAAAGAAGACUGCUGGUGCAGAGAAUAAGAAAGCAAGUCCAAACAAAGUCAAACCUUCAGAGGAGAUGGAGGUCCCAAAGAAUUCAAAUCAGGCACUUUCUUCGGACUCUGAUGUCCAAGCAAAGGAUUACAUGAAUUCCACUGCAGAAUUGCCAGUGAAGACAUCAGCUGCACUGAUAACUCCAGCUAAUGAUGCCCUUGAUCUGAAAGACGUUAAGGAGCUGCACGGUACAUCUUCAACCGAGAAGAAUGGUGAAAAUUCAAUUUCACAUUUGGAUAGCUUGGGUGAUGGAAUUUGCAGUGGAAAUUCACUCAAUGUGGCCUCGUCUGUGCCUACAGAUCAUAUUCCGCAGUUGGAUCAGCUAGAAAGUAAUGUUGAUGGAUUAUCUAAAGCAUCUUCUGUUCAUAUUGAAGAAAAAACACUUUCUGAAGGUCCCUGCAACAAUAUUCCUGAUAUUGCUAUACAGCCUAUGCCAGUGUCACUUAACAAAGGUUCGAUUGCUUCUGUUGAGAAUCUUGAAGCAAAUGAAGCAACAAAUGAAAAUGUUCCACUCUCGCCUGGAAUUUCUGAGAUAGAAAUUUCGACUCCACCCUCAAAUGAUGGCACAGUGUCAGGGACAGUCCAUUCCAGGAAGAAAUGGGGCAGUGAUGAGAACUCAACUAAACCUAACAAAGGGUUUAGAAGGCUUCUUUUGUUUGGAAGGAAAAAAGCUGAAAGUCACUCAUGAAUUGAUCCUGAGGUGGUUGGUUGAUCUCUGUGCCAGCAGCUUAUUUGUUCACACCAAUCCAUGAUACCUUUGCUUAGAUUAUUGUUUAUUCAUGAGAAAGAAAGAGGUAACUUGCAAUAAUCGCUUGAUCAUGUUGCUGAUAUGUGCCAUACAGCUAUUGAUUAGAAGAAUAUUGAGAGCUCUCGUGAAUCGUGAUAAUAAGGCUUUGGGUUUUGCUGCCAUGUGGGGAUUUUGAAUGUUAGGUAUCUGAAUUUUAAGAGUUCAAAGUUUUAAACAGGUGAUCUCAUAUGUAUACCUUUUGAAUUUGCUUGGAUAUACAUUUGGGAGUGUAUUUUUUUAAUUAAGUAUUCCAAUUUAAAAAAAUUUGUUGUAUGUACUAUAAAGCCCAGCAACAAUUCACGGUUGGCGUUCUGGGGCUACUUCAUUAAUCAUUUUUUUGCU